CUUUUUCUGCUACACAUGGAUGAGAUCACUGCAAUUUGCGCAAAAGGACCUGAAGCGGUUGCACCAGUUGGCUGUUCAAGUAUAAUAGUUAACAAUGAAAACUCUCGUAUUAUCGCUCACACUGAAGACGCACUGACGGCAACAUUGAAUCACUAUUACUUCGUAGUGGCACACAUCGUCAAUGAUACACCACAGGGUAAACACCAGGUGAAGGAAGAACGUUUCAUGUCGCUUUGCUAUGCCGGCCACUUGCCUGGCUAUACGAUGAAUUACAAUCAUCAUGGAUUGGUAUUCACUAUUAACACGCUAUCGGCGUUGCAUUUGAGAAGUGGCAAAACACCUCGCCACUUCAUAACACGUGCCCUCUUGAGCGCCGAAAACUUCGACCAGGCAAUCAAAGUACUUAAAGAUGAGGGAGUUGGUGCCGGCGAUGGUUGUUCCAUCAAUCUAUCUUUCAUCAACGACGAAUCUCGUAAAUUUUACAACAUUGAAAUGGCGCCAGUUCUGGAAGAUGGCAAAGAAUCCCGUCUGGACAUUAAAGAGAUAUGCACUGGUGGUCAUAAUUGUCACGCUAACAGAUAUGAGCGCUUAAGCACCAAGGAAGCCAAUCAGUGGUUACUGGAUUCAAGCGAAUCGCGAAUGAAUACCUUCAGCAACUACUCGGCACCCACUUGCAAGGAUGAUGUCGUUCAAAUGUUGGGCGAUUGCAGCGGUGGCGACUAUUGUGUGUUCAAUGAAAAUAAUUCAUUGGAUGAACUGGUGAAAACAAUUGCUAUCGGUGUUUUCGACUUAAACGAAAAAACGGUUGCCUUGUAUUCAGACAAUCCGAGUAAGACCAAACCACACUGUGUACUACCGAUGAUACUGAAGGACUAAAGUAGUUAUUUGUUAGAGUAAAUUUAUUCGUAUUAAUAUGGGGUCAGUGAAAUGGAGAGUAGUUUCCUCCUGCAUUUUACUAUCCCAAAAAA